AUGAAGGCUUUUCUGGUCAUCCUGCUGGCUGCCGUCCUGUGCACAGAGCCAGGUGGUUCUUUGAGAUGUUACACAUGCACGGCGCAGCUCAGCAACUCCAACUGUCAGACGGCGGUGAUGUGUGCCAACAACUCACAAGCAUGCAAGACGAAUGUGAUCAACGUCGUGGGCCUUUUCAGUGUCAUCAACAAGGAGUGCUCUGCGUCGUGCGAGUCGAGCUUCCAGGACUUCACCGUGGGAAAGCAGAACGUUUCCUGCUGCAGUACCGACCUCUGCAACCGCAGCGGGGCGGGCAGCGUGGGCAGCAGCUACGCCACCAUGGCAGCAGGGCUUACCGCCAGCAUCCUUUGCGUCCUUCUGAGGAACGGGCUGUGA